AUGACGUCCUUCGAGCAGCUGGAUGCCGAGAUGCAGCGCUUGAAGGAGAUCUCCGGUGGAGGAUCCAGUUUGGAGCCCGCGCGGGUUCCACGACGAGGGCUUCCAGGCUUACGUCCAGCCAGAUGCCUGGAGAUUUUCGCGAGACGCGAGAGUGCAGAGGGCGUAGAAGAUUAUGAGGACCUGAAGCAAUUCGCAGCUGAGCGGGCCUCCGCCUUCCAAUCCGCCUGCCCUGACGGCUCACAGCCAUUGAUUUGGACCCAGUAUCACAACGAGUACCGCGAGAUGUUUGAAUGCCACCUGCAGAAUGUUUUGCAGUCCCUCAACAUGACUGAGGAUAGCUUUCACGAGCUUUGUGGCUAUAUUCAGGACCUGAUAGAGAUCGUGGAAAAUUUGGGCGAUGACUCGGAAAACCUCUAUGGCUACAUCAAGGCGAUCACCUCGUCCGAAGACUACGAUGCCUUUUUGCAGCUCAUGUUCACGGAGGUGCAGAGACAGCAUCUGGUCCCGAUGGAAGGGCAAGUGCAAGAAAUUGACGUCGUCGUUCCUGAGGGCAUGGGUCCCGGCCAGCUCUCUCCUCAGAUCUCUUUGCUUUUGCCCGUGGAUUACCUGGGUCGGCGGUACGAGCUUUACAUCCCGGUCGGGCGUGCCCAGACAGGGGUGCCACGCACGUCGAACCGAAGUUGGUGCUUGGUUGUUUUAGUCUGA